UGAAAACUAAUGAGGGAGCGAGGGGUUAAGAAAGAACCUGGUUGUAGUUGGAUUGACGUUGAAAAUAUGGUCCAUGUCUUCUUGGUUGGUGAUACUGUGCACCCUGAGGUAAAUGAGGUGUACAGGUAUCUAGAGCAACUGGUUCUUAAAAUGAGGAAGUUAGGAUAUGCUCCUGACACAAAGUUUGCGUUGCAUGAUAUGGAGUCUGAGCAUAAGGAGAAUUCCUUGUCUACUCACAGUGAGAAGCUUGCAGUUGCAUUUGGGAUCAUGAAGCUUCCUCUUGGAGCCACAAUUAGAGUUUUUAAGAAUCUUAGGAUCUGUGGGGAUUGCCAUAAUGCAUUUAAGUAUGUGUCAAGAGUGGUUGGAAGAGAGAUAGCUGUGAGAGACGCCAAGAGGUUUCAUCAUUUUAGGAACGGCGAAUGCUCUUGUGGAAAUUACUGGUAGCUGUAGUGUAAUGGAAUUAUACUUAUUAUUUUCCAUUUUUUCCUUGGCAUGUUGUUAUAAAUGCACCAAGCUUUGAAGCCAAAUGAAGAAGCUCAUAUAGUGGUGUUUUGUUCCACUUCACACGGAGGUUGGAAUAGAGGUGCAUGCAUAAGAAGUGAGGCUCAUGUAUAAGAAGUGUAUGAUAGAAGAAUAUAUGUCCCUGUAUGAUUAGCAGAUUUAUUUGUAGUUGUUGAAAGAAGUAAAUUAAUCCACUGGUUAGAGAUUUAACCAACUUA